AGGGAUCGAAAUAAAUCAACCGAUCAUAAUCAAUAAAAUCAAUGAAUGGCCCGUGACAAUGACGAUAUCCAAAUAAUGAAUACUCUACAUCACAGAAAGAAAAAUACUACUCGAUGUAAAACUUUAUGAUGUUGUUGCUUUUGAAAACCAUGAAAAGGUUGACGCAAGUCAGUUAAAAAUUGUUGCGCUUGGUUAGCCAAAACAUUCAAAAGCUGGCAGAAUAAAAUCCAUAAAUACUUCCCACACAGGUUCUUCCUAAGUAUCUACUGAAUGACAAUAAUGGAGACUUUAUUUAUUAUUUCAGUAACUGCAGGAAAUGAGCUGAAGGUGUAUGAUGAUACUAACGACUACUUAAAGAGAUCAAUCAGAAUUUCUAUUGCUUUACUGUCACUAUUAGCUACAUUUAUUGUGUUCUUGUUUAUUUACUUUUUCAUGCACUGUAAAACUAAAAUAUCUGAAAAGAGCAAAAAACCAGGAAUGUAUUUUGAGAUCCUAUUUUCAGAACUUAAAUCAGGAAUUGGAAGAAUUUACAGCGCAUUGAUGCUGUUCAGAAAAUUUGCAUUCGUUUGUGUUGUGUUUUUACCGUCUCUAAAUUCAAAUUGGAUAUUUGGAAUCCUAAUCGUCAUUCAGUUCUUCUACUGGAUGCAAACAAUUAAAUUUCCAAAAUUUGAGAGCGUUUCCCUUCGUCUGAUGAAUAUCAUAAAUGAAUCAGUAAUUGGACUAAUAAUUAUAAUAUUGUCAAUAUGGAAUGAAAAGAAUAAUUGGGAUGAAACCAAUACCCCAACAAUGAAGACAGUCAUUAUGUAUGGAAUUAUAGGGAAUACAUUGAUGCUAAUAUUCAUCCAAUCAGUUUUCAUCCUUUACCAUAUUAUUAAAAUGUAUAAAGACUAUUUCCCAUCAGACCAAGCUGUUCAAACCGCAAGAGACAACAGAGAGGAAAACAAGAGCUCCCAAGACUCAUCAGGCUCCUAAUCUCUAUUCCUCCAUUCACCCCAAACCCUCCCGUAGGCUAAAUUCCUAAAAUCUAUUUCAAC